AUGGUCAGCUUUUGCUGCUGUGCUCCCACCUGCUGCCAGCCAACAUGCUGCAGGACAGUCUGCUGGAGAACAACUUGUUGUAAGCCAACCUGCUGUGAGCCCAGCUGUUGCCAACCUUGCUGUCAGCCAUCCUGCUGUGAGUCCAGCUGCUGCCAGCCUGCAUACUGUAAGACAGUUUGCUGUAGAACUACAUGUUGUAAGCCAACUUGUUGUGUGCCCAGCUGCUGCCAACCUACUACCUGUGACUCUAGCUGCUGCACACCUUGCUGCCAGCCAACCUGUUGUAGAACAGUCUGUUGUCAAACAACUUGUUGUAAGCCAACCUGCUGUGAGUCCAGCUGCUGUCAGCCAACUUGCUGUAAAACAAUCUGCUACCAGUCAACCUGCUGCAAGCCCACCUGUUGUGGGUGCAACUGCUGCUACCCAUCCUGCUGUUGA